CUGGCAGUUUCACUGAGCCAAUAAAUCAGGACCUAGAAGUAGUAAUGUUUGCGCCCUAAAUCAACUCAUUCAAGGAGGGACUAGUCAAACAUUUAUGUUCAUUGAAAGACUAACACAUGCUUUAAGUCUUUUUUCCUCAACCGAAGGUCUGAAUCCGAAACAAAGCCAUCAUGCUUUGUUCGUUUGGCCAAUGUUCAAUGCAUAGAUUUCAAACUCACCUUGUGAUGGCGAAUCGCAAAAGGAAUAGGCCUGAAGAUUGGGAGGAUUUAGAGCCCUCCCCUGUCAUUCAUAUAAGAGAAUUGCCUGAACAUACACUAGAGCUUGAUUUAUUACGCGUUUUUGAGCAGUUUGGUUCCAUCAGGGAUAUUGCCAUGAUCCCCCACAAGGGUCAAGCUUUGAUCGAAUUUGAUGAUAUUAAUUGUGCUGAGAGGGCAGUUGCUAGGUGCUCGGAAAAUGCUGUAAUGUUUGCUAACCAUCGGUUGAAAGUAAAUUACAGCACUUCUAAAAGAGUAAUACAUCGACCUUUGGAAAAUGAUGGACAGCAUCCUGAUAUACCUCCAGAAAGCCGUGUUCUCUUGUUGACCGUUUACAAUGCACAGUAUCCUAUCACAGUAGACGUUAUUCAUCAGAUCACGGCUAAGCAUGGUCGUGUUUUGCGCAUUGUCAUUCUCCGCAAGGCCAGAAUACAGUUCAAAAGUACUGACGAAGCUCGCACUGCAAAACGUCACCUAAACGGAGCUGAUAUCUACUCUGGGUGCUGCACUUUGAAAGUUGAAUUUGCUCGUCCGACUCGCCUAACUGUAACUCGAAACGAUCAAGACUCAUGGGAUUUCGAAAACCCUUUACUUAUGUCAGCCGCAAUGAAUGAUACAGAUGGUCGAGGAGAUAUCUCAUUGUUAGGACGCUUUGAGCGUUCUCGUGCAAGGCAUGAAAGUUCCAGGUCUAUUAAUGGAGGUUACGGAUAUCACGAUAACUUCAUGAAACAGAAUAAUGUUGGUAUCAGUGUCCCACCUGCUUCAUUUUUGGAUCAGCUCGCACUAAACUAUCAUGUGUCAAGACGUGGUUUUGAUGGCUUAAACGGUCAGCAGUACGUCAGAGCCGCCACGCCUGUCAUUAUGGUGUAUAAUAUGAACAUGGAUCAUAUGAAUUGUGACCGUUUAUUCAAUCUUCUUUGUCUUUAUGGAAAUGUGGUCCGUAUUAAAUUUUUACGGACAAAGGAAGGAUCAGCUAUGGCGCAAAUGGGCGAUAACGUUAGUGUUGAUCGUGUCAUUACUAAUUUGUCAGAAGUCCCACUAAUGGGAAAUGCAUUGUCGAUUCGUCCGAGCAAGCAGCAACUUAUAUUAGAUGUACCAAAACCUUUCGAAUUGCCGGAUGGCUCACCGUCGUUCAAAGACUAUUCCGGUUGUCGUGAAAAUCGGUACAUAAAUCCUGAUAAGGCUAGUAAAAAUCGUAUUUAUCCACCAUCUUAUACUUUACAUUAUUGGAAUUGCCCUCCGAAUUAUACAGCAGAUGAACUUCGAAAAUUAGUUAUUGAGUGCGGUGCUUCUCCACCUCGACAAAUUGCACCUUUCCCAAGAGUGAGCGACAGAUCUUCUUCAGGUCUAGUCGAGUGGGGAACUAAGGAUGAAGCGGUUACCGCUCUUGCACUGUGCAAUCAUCAGGCUAUUCCUAACACCGAGGGUCGCUAUCCAUUUCUUUUGAAACUUUCGUUCUCCAGUUCUGCGGUCAAUGAUCGUGCUUUUCCGGGUUCAAAGAAAAUGGGAUCGUCAGCUCUAGGAAAGUCGGCUGCAUCUGUUGAUUCUAGCGAAUAUGAAUAGUUUAUAGUGUACUGCAGUUAACUGGCUACAAUUGAACGGCUGGUGAGCUCGUAAGACAAAUAUGAUACUACAGCGUGGACGAGUGAUACGUAUUUACGAGAACUUGUUGAAACCUGCAUACAUGUGAUCGCAUUUCUCAUUCACCGGACAUAUAACUUCACUAGGUCGGUUAGUGAUAAUGAACAAUAAAGCAUAUCAAUAGCUGUUAUCAUAAUCAUCAUGAAGUGGGGUUUAUCGAUUUGUUGAAAAUCGAAUAUAUGAAGUCAGUAAUGGAUAAUGUGUGCACAUGGCUUGCUACUAUAUUCUAUCAGUUUCGACUAACAACUCGACUGGUCUUCGGUCGCCUUGAUUUAUGUGUUGAAAUAUACUAGUUUACAAAAUUGAAAGUUAUAUAGCUGUUUAGUUUCACAAUUGUUUAUUUUGACAGAAUAUGUUCACGUUCUCAUAUUCAUAUGUUUUUCACAAUCAGUUUCAAACAGCUUUUGUUUCCCUGAGUUUAAAUAAUUCCGUUUAAAGUGCUUUUUAUUUUAGUGAAUUUAAUUUUAUUGACGCUUUUAAUUCCUAUAAAAGUUAAACGUUAGUCCUCUCAAUAUUUCGUUGGGUUUGAAUCCCCUCUCUAUGUAAACUAAUGUGCGUGAUCAGAUUUUUUCUCUGUUAGUGCAACAAAGUGUGCGAAAAAAACAAGUAAUAAAACGAUCCCAAAUAUAGUACAAGACAACCAUGUUGUUAACAUUACUAUAUUAUAGACAAUAAAUUCACUGAGUUGUAAAUCACAAAAAUGUUGAAUUCACCAAAUUCAAGAUUUUGUUUUUAAACUUAUUCAUGACAAAACAUAAACCUUUAUUCUUAUCAUAUAUACAGUACACACAAAUGUGCAAUUACCCUGCAGAUUUAAUAUUCACUCAACUGUUGUCAUAAAUCCAUCAUAUAUGAAUAUAAGGCCAUCGGAUUUUGUAAUGUAACUUCCAAUGUACACAGAUAACUACAUUUAUUAGGAAUCUGUGGGCCUUUUAGAGUAUUGUCAUACAUCACUGGUUGAAGGUAAUGUGGGAUUUGAUUCUUUUUUGUAUGAACUACUUGGCAGAUCUCUUAUUAUCAUGUAGCUGUAUGUCUGCUGUUGUUAGUAUACUUUAGUCUUCCUUUCAAAGUAUGACAGUCACCAUUGAUGCGAUUAACGACUGCAGAUUAUUCCUAGUUUUCAGGUUGAGUACUAUAAAUACUUUUAGUAACUGAAAAUAUUUUUCAGUCACUAACAAUGUUCUUUGUAACACACUGGUCCUAAUUGUGAACAGUGUUAAAUCAGAGCUUCUCUUUAAGGUUUUUGAAGUGUAUAAAAUGCUAGUAUAACACUAUUAAAGUAACUCAGGUUUCCGUAUAGUCUUGUUAUUUUAGUCGUUGUAUUUAAGAUGCUUUGGCUUUCCCUAGGAUAAGUGAUUUUCCUCAUUUACUAAUGACAAAAUUCCACCAAAUCUUUGUGCCCAAUAUUUUAAUUACAUUUUGAUGAAAUUAUUUUAAUACUCAUUCAAUGUUCACAUUACUAUACAUAACUGGCAAAUCAUUUAUUGUUACUUCAUGGUCAAACUAACAUUCCAAAAUACUUUACAAGCUAAAAAAAUAUCCAUGCUCUAAUUGUUCAUUGUUUCCUCAUCAGACUGUUGGUUGAAAAUAACAAAAGAACACAGCAUUUGUUACCAAACCUAGUAUCAUAUACCCCAUAUGGUGAUUCCUGUGGCACAUCAGUCAACGCAAUCGCACUUUCCAUUCAAUCUAUAACAUAUAAUCGCAUAUUGAAGCUGAACAAUCACACAACAAUUCGCAACGUAAAUCUAAUUCAAUUUAUGCAUAUAUUGUCAUCUUAUUCAUUAUUUGUUAAAAAAUUGGUCUUCGCGUAUGAAAUACAUCCUAGACAUAUUUUAAUUGGUGUGUGUAUCUCUUCCUAUCUUAUUGCUUGCUUGAUGAAUGCUUUAACUUAUUCAUAACUGUUAUCUAUAAUUAUGAUGGCAUUUUUGUCGCAAUAUAUUCUUGAUGCUAACCGUUUUUUGCUGAGCUAAUUCUCCGGUGUGUUUGUGUGUGUGUGUGUGUGUGUGUAUUUUACCCAUCUGCAUGUCAUUUUUGCAUUUGGUAUUUAUCAACAGCUAUUUUUUGGGUGUUGUCUAUUCUGAGUGUAUUUCCAUAGGUUGUUUGUAAGUUUUCGUCUAACUCAGUCUGUCUUAUUGUUGUAUGUAUUUCUUUUGUGGCUGUCAUUAAUUUGAACAACAACCAGAACAAUCUCGUCUGAUGAUUUCCUUCAUUCUUCUUCCUUUAAUCAUCAGUCGCAAACAUUUUAAUUAGUGCAUUUAAAAAAACUAACAGAAUCUAAUCACUGCGUUGCUGUCACAAAUUAAAGCUGAAAUAAAAUAUUAAAACUACUUA